AUGAAUUCGCCAAAUCCGAUUUCGAAAGUUAUUUACUGGUUUUGGGCUCUGUUCGCUACAUCUAGGCCUAAGAAUCAAAAUCUCACAGAAAUUAUUGUGAAUCAGAUCAAAGAACGCUGUAGAAAAGAUGCUCUUGAAAGCCGUCGUCAAGUCAUGAGUACGAAGCAGAGAAUUAAUGUCUUCAUGGAAAAGGUUUUGCUCUUCAUGACUAAUGGGACUGUCCGUGAAUAA